AUGGCAGAAGGUGAUGCUAUGAGCGCCAGUGAUUUCUACGUAAGAAUUGAAAAUGACAAUCAUCCGAAAGGAGGCCUUCAUCUCGCCUGCUGUUCUUCAAGAGCUGAAAAGAUUGUUGAGGAUUUGGAAAUCAUGCGGGUCCGUGCUUUGAACAAAUUUUUGUCCUCUGACAAU